CAGCGCGUUCACAAGACUUCCUCCAACCGCCCCCCAAAAAACUUACAACGCCUCAGUGAACAUGUUCGGCCUAAUGACCUGCGAGAACUUUUUACGCACACGACUUUUUUGUCGCGUAAUUUGCCUGAUUGCGUUUUUUCAUUUCCAGUGUCGUGCCAGAUAUGUUUGUUUCUUUGCGUUGUGUGUUUGUUGCGGUCAUUUGAAGGAGGCUUUUUGCACCGUGGUGCUGAUGUGUGAAUGCGCUCUUGCGUGGGCUCACCUGUAAGGGUUCACGUAAGCCAUCCUGGUUUUGUUGUAGAUUACAAAGUGUUCAUGUUACUCCCACUUUAUUUAUAAUCCACUGUAAUUAAUUUGUGUGGCGUGUUGUUGUACGGGUGUCGUUUCUGCCCCCCCACCAUUAUAUUCCUCUGCACCACUCAGACGGCUAACAAACAAGAUUAUUGGAUUGGUUCUUGUCGGAAUAACUCCCCAUGUAUUUGUUUGAUUAAAGCUGAUUGGCAGGCCUUUGUUGUUAAUCCUGCUUGGGGGGGUUGAACUGUUCAUUUCUCCCCACUGCAGCUCCCAUAUUCACACCCCUCGCUUUAGUCAUGCAUGAAUCCCCAGCAGUACUCCAGGCCAAGGAGGGGAACCAACUAACGUAGGCUUUGAUCCUUGCAAUGCAAAACAUUUUUUUGUUUUUAAUUCAGUGGCUUAGAUUUCCAGUGUGGAACUGUGCCUACCUGCAUCACAUUUUUGUUGUCACGUCUUUUUGGAUUUUCAUAUUUUAUAUCACGCGGCCGUGAAGCCAGCAGCCCUUGCACCCAUGCACCGUGCCCCCAUUGGUCCUCCUGCAGCUCCCUUGAGCCCAAUCACGAGUCUGGUAGUGGAACCUUAGCCUGUAAAUAUGUGUGUGUAAAGAGACCCUCAGAGAAUGUCCCGGACUACAUUUGAACGGGAAAAACAGCCCCAAGGAGGUACAAUGGAUCUCGUGGUGUUGGUGGCGUUGAGCUCGUGGCUGGCUCCUGCACUCGGAUCAGCGUUUGGCAGGGAAGUGUUUGCUUCAGCGGCAGAUAAGGACAAAGCAGACUAUGACAGCGCUUUUCAGUAUGAUUAUGAAUCUCUGAGAAUUGGUGGCCUGGUCUUCGCAGUGGUACUGUUCCUCAUGGGUAUCGCCCUCAUUGUCACCCGGAAGUGUUCCUGUUCGAAGAGUGACCAGUCAAGGACCAGGGGUCCUGAUGUGGAAUCUGUUCCACGGGCUUAAUAGAGACUGAGGCUAAGUGCAGUGGAGAUCCGUGUUCCUGACUCUUGCCAUUAGGUGGCAGCAAAUACUUUUGAUCACAGCUGAGGACUCUCUUUCCAUGAACACAUGAUUUCCUUAGAUUUCAUAAUGUAACUGUGCUCCUUUUUUCACUUUUUUUUAAAGAAUGUUUUUAUCAUCGAUGACUGUUACUAGAUGAUGGGCCGACUUUAUAUUGUGGUGAUUAGCGUUUGUAUUUUUGUGACUUUCAGACUGAUGAAAAAUAAUAAAACACACGUUUGAACCAGA